AUGGGCGUGAAAGGGCUGAUGAAGUGGAUCUUCACUGCCCAUCCAGAGUGUGUGGUUGACGUCAGGGAUGCGCAGUUCGACCACGUGUACUUCGACAUGCCCAACGUUCUGCACGAGGUCGUGAGGCAGAGCAAGAGCGAGCGGGAUUUCGUCAUCAUCCUGUAUCAGCAGCUGGACGCCGUCCUCAACAUGACCAACCCCCGCAAGACCGUAAUGCUCGCCCUCGACGGCCCCGCGCCGCUCGCGAAGCUCCUCGUCCAGCGCACACGCCGCUUGAAGGAGUACCGCAGCACCCCAAGCGACUCCGCCGACUCGGACGGCGACGCCGACUCCGGCUCGGAGUCCGAGUCCAGCGAGCUCAUCGAGAGCGGCAUCGACGACGACGAGAGCGACGACGACGGCGGCGCGGCCGGCGAGCGGAAGCCCUCCCGCGCUGAGCUCCUUGCCGGCGCGCCCCGGAGCGGCGUGCCCCCGGAGGACUGGGAGGACAACCCCUGGCUGUCGAUCGCGCUCACGCCGGGCACGCCGUUCAUGCUCUGGGUCGACCACCUGCUGGAGUACUUCGUGUGUCAGCGCCUGCUGUCAUACCGAUGGCGGACGCGCCGGUUCGAGAUAUCCGGGUCGCGCACCGCGGGCGAGGGCGAGCUCAAGGUCUUCCACCGCGUGAAGCACCCGCUGGAGCCCGCGAGGUCGGCGGGCCGGCAGCGGCGGCCGGACACGCACCUGGUGUGCGGGAACGACACGGACCUGAUCUUGUUGGGGUCGCUGAGCGGCGUGCCGAACGUGUACCUGCAGUGCAGCCAGCUGUCGGCGUUCUUCAACCUCGACACAUUCCGGGCGCCGAAGCUCCUGGACGUCGACCCCGCGGCGUACGGCCUGCGCGACAGCGACGCACGGGUGCUUGACGGCAUCGCGAGCAAGGGCCGCCGGCUCACGAAGCUCCGCCGCGACUGGUCGAAGUUCGCGGUCAGCAUCGACCGCUUCUCGGCCUCGCUGUGGCGCGAGCACGGCCUGAAGCCGGCCGCCGCGGCCAGCAGCAGACCGGGCAAGCUUCCCGGAGUCGACGAAUUGUGGAUGUCGGUCGCGGGCCUCCGCGGGCGCGACGCCGAGGACUUCGCGACGGUCAAGCGGGACGUCGCGCUCGUGCACAUCAUGUCUGGGGGCGACGACUACCUCCCUGCCGUGCGGGGGCUGCGUGCUGCCAGCUGGCUCUUGUACGACACAAGGGUGCCGGGGAUGCUCAGCGUGUACUCGGAGCUCCGGAGCGCGCCGGGGCCGUUCCAGGGCCACGGAAUGACGUGGCUGGACGAGGAGCGGAACGUGCAUUUCAACUUGCCCUUCCUGCGCGAGGUGGUGACCAGGGCGGGCGGCAAAAUCAUAUACGCCGCGGCGCUCGAGCGGGACUCCGGGUUCCUGUCGACAACGAAACCGCUCCCCGACAUCCUGCACUACCUCCAGGGCCUGCGCUGGAACCUCGAAAUGUUCCUUGCGUGCGACGUGCCCAACUACGCCUACCACUACGACUCGCACCCUCCCGCGGCGCAGCAGCUCGCGCUCGUCCUCGACCUGCUCCUCCUCGCGGACCCGCAGCUCGAACGCCCUCCCUACGCCAAGGACGGCCCCGUUCCUGCCAGCGACACCGCCAGGAUCCCGCGGAGGAGCGCCACAUCCCGCGUGACCACGGCAACAGCCACCGAGGAGCAGCACGCCGCCGCGCAGGAGCUCCUCGGCCUGUUCAACGCCGUAUGGAGCUCCUCGUGGCCCCCACCGGAGAACGGCGGCCCGCGCCGGGACGGGUGCAACCUCUCGAAGCGGGGGCCCGCAACCGACAACUUCAGCCUUCCCGAGCCCUCGUCGAGGCCGGAGAUGUUCAACGACACGGGCGGAUUCCGCCCCUGGGGACAGGCCGGCAGCGGGCUGAUGACCAGUCGCUGGCGGCUGCCCCUUCGUCCCGACGAGUGCUGCAUGGCGCUGCUCCCGCGCACGGCACAGGACUUCGCGCCGGCGCUCCUGCGGCCGCUCAUGGACGCGGGGUCGCCCAUUGAGGACAUGUACAGCGAGUGCCAGACGUGCCUGCAGCUCAUGGAGAAGCUCGCGUCGAUCAACCGCUUCUCCAGCACCAUCGCCCUGCUUGCCGCGGGGAUGAACACUCGCCUCGACGGCGCGGCGGCAGGCGCGUUCCUCGCGGCGUCGGAGCCCGGGCAGCUCGCGCCUCUCCUGCUCGAGGAGGCCAAGGCGGAGCUGCGUUCCGGCGGGGCCGCCAGGACGACGGGCAAGAGAAGGCAGGUGUCCAGAGGCAGAGGGCGCGGCGGGCCGGCCGCGGGGCUGUGGGCGCGCGUGCCUGGAGCGAGGAUCGGUACGAUCCGCAACGUCGAGGGCUCGAAGAACGCCGGGGCGGAAAAGGCGGGGUGGCGGCGGUGGCUGGGGAACCAACGCAUGCUGGACGUCCCGCCGCCGGCGUACGUGGCGCCGGGCCGGGUGGUCGGCCUGACCGAGGGCGAGCGGCGGCGCGCGGCGGCGCGCGGUGAAACGGGCCUGCCGGCCGGCAGGGACGAGGUGGAGAGCCUGCUGAGGGGUUCAGCGCAUAGUCAAGCUUUCUUCAUUGACCGGGCCGGACAGAGCGCCCACGGCAGGGGCAGGCGGCGGCUGAUGCAGGAGUUCCUGAACCCGGAGCGGCUCGCGGGCUGGAUGAGCGGCGAGAGCCGGCCGGCGCAAAUGGAACGGUUCGCGCGUGGGCUUGCCCUGAGCCCUCCUGUCCAGGCAGUACUGGAGUCCUCCGCGGCGUUCUGCGAGCUGGAAGAGCAGAGCGCGACGCUGGAGUGGUGCCUGGAGUUCGUGGACACGCUAUCCCGCGCGCGCGACCUCGCGGCAGAGCAGCCCGGCAGUGGCACCGCCCGGCGCGUGUCGGGCAGGGAGACGCCUGUACUGGACUGCCUCGCCGACUUCGUUGAGGGCUGGGAGUGGCGAAUGCUGUCCGGGGAGCUCAAGCGCGACGCGGUCAACACGCUCGCGUCCAAGCUCGACGCGAGGCCUGUGGCGGGCACGGCCGCGCACUCGGUCCUGCUAAGCCUUGCGUGGCUGCUGCCGCUGGCGUCGGCGGGCUCGCGGCCUGCGCAGACACGCGCGGCGCGGAUCGUAGCCGAGCACUACGAGGAGGACCACCCGUACCAGCCGUACCCUCUCGAUCGCUUGCGGGGGGCGGUGCGGGAAGCGGUGGCGGCACAGAACGCGUCGCCAGAGGGCAUGCCCGAGAUGCACGUGUCGCUGAUGCGGCACGAGCCGCCGCACGUGUACGAGUUCGGGAGGCGCGAGGCGCGUGGCGCCGGGCAACGGGGGCUGCUAGGGUAUGACCUUCCAGACCCCCCCAACGAGCGGUUUCAGCAGCUCCCGCCAGGGCGGAGCCGCGCGCAGACAGUUACGCGCAGCGUCGCGGUCCCGAUGCCCUCGCACAACCUCGGGUGCACUCCGAGGCAUAUGUUGCCGGAUUUUGUCCAGCAGCCAGGGGGGCGGAGCACGGAUGAUGGCAGCGGGGCGAGGAAACACGGGGGCCGCAGCCCGAGCGCGCGCCCUGCAUCCAGCAGGCGGGGCGGGCGCCGGGGGAGGGCGGGGCAGCAGAGGGCGGGCGAGGCCAGGGCACAGGGGCGGGAGGACAGCGUUGUGCGUCGCAGUGAGUCGCCGCGGCGCAGCAAGAGUGCCGACAGGGGCAAGAAAGGAUUCGGGUCGAAGAGCAUCGCGGCGGUGCGCAAGGAGAAGGAUGGGGGGAGUGCAAGGGCAGAGUCCCCCUCAAAAGCGUCGCAGCAGCGGCGGGGCAGCGUCGGCCGCGUGAAGGGAUCGAACGCGGAGUCGGCGCACGAGCAGGCUAACGGCAAGGGGUCCGGGCAGCAGGCACGCUCGACAGGCAUGAGACGGCCUGAUGGCAGGCCAGGGCGGCUGUCUGGGCGGCGAGACGCGGUGCCUGUGGACUGCGUGUUUCGGGAUGGAGGGGUGCGCUGGAUCGGUCCGCAGGGGAAGCUGGUGCGCUCGCCGCCGCUGCGGCCGCGCGCUCUCAUGCCGCGCGCAGGACCUCGCAUUAGCAGCGCUCUGUGCAGAGUGUGGUUGUGA